AUGAGCCGCGGCGAUCGCUACGAGCAAGACCGUUACUAUGAGCGCGAUCGCGAUUAUGAACGCGAUCGCGCUGGCGGCGGCGGCGCCUACUCUCGCGACCGAGUCGUCGAGGAUGACCGGUACUACAUGCGGGGGGGCCGAGGCCCCGAGGUAGAGGAACGCGAUCGCCUCUAUGAGCGCGACGUCGACUUCGACCGCCGCCGCCCGGUCUACGAGGAACCCCGCUACGCUGACCAUCUGGCUCGCGACUUUGAGCGUCAGGUCGCUCUGGAUGAGAGAGACCUCGAAACCCGCCGUCCCAGGAGUGACAUCUUUGACCGUCGCCCUGAGCCUGGCCCUCUCAUCCGCCACUCCCCUCCCCCUCCCGCCAGGUCCAGAUACGAGUAUGACGAGCGUGAUACCUAUCGCGAUUCCUACCGUGAACCCGCCCGUGACCCAUAUCGCGACGAACUGUACCCUCCCGCGCCACGCUCAGAGCGCCCGGAUCACCUUCGUGAGGUGGUCCGUGAGCGCACCAUCGAGCGCGACCGCAGCCCUGCAGGGUCGCGUGCGAGCCGCAGCCAUCGCAGCCAUUCGAGGUCGCGCAGCAGAAGUAUCUCCAGUCACAGCCGCAGCGGUGGAGCGAGCGUACGCCAAGAGUACCCCAAAAAGGGCAAGACUCGCAUUCCCAGCACCCUCGUCGAGAAAAAGAUUAUUAUCGACCUAGGAUAUCCUUAUGUUGAAGAGGGAAAUUUAAUCAUUAUUCAAAAAGCCCUUGGACAGGAGCACAUCGAUGAACUCCUCAGACUGAGCGAGGAAUACUCAAAAGCCUCUGUGCCAAUCACUGUGCCAGCACCACCAAAAUCGGCUGCUGGCGGCAUCAUCGAGGAGCGUCGUGAGGAGCGCCAUCGGCCACACCAUGACGAGAUCAAGCAAGAAGUCAUCAUUACUCCCCCACCGCCGCCGCAGCCAAUCUAUAUCCAGGCUCCCACUCCGCCCGCACCGGUUUAUACUUAUGCCCCCGCUCCUCCAGCCCCCGCGCCCGCCUCGAGCGCACCAAUCAUUAUCGAUGCCCACCCACGCUCUCCACGCCGUGCCACUGUCGAGGUUGUCGACAAGACAGUCAUCCGCGACGACUAUCCUCGCUACCUCAAGGGCGACUAUGAAGAGGAGACCCUGGUAGUCGGCCCUCUUGUCCGAGCCCGCUCCCGCUCUCGCUCCCGAGCACGAGGCGACAUUCGUGCCGAAAUUCGCGCCCUUGAACGAGAGUACGAAGGUUCGCAAAGACACCAUCACCACCACCACCGCGAUGAGGAUGAGUGGGAUAUCAUCCGCACCGAGCGCGUGGAAGACGGCCAACUGGUCGUAUAUGAAGAGCGCGUCGAUCGCAUCAGCAGCCACCCCAAGCCAGCGAGACUCGAAAAGGACAAGAAAGGUAGGAUCACCCUUAGCCUGCCAGCCUACCGGUAG